GAGGUUCAAAACUAGUCUCGAUCAUCGCUGUCAGUGCCACGAAUACCUUCGCCGCUGUGUGUAGUCUGACUGUUAAAUUUCGCAAGUCUUGCUCUGACGUUUCUUGCUCCGGCAGUAAAGGUUCCACUAUACACAAAAUCCCGAUUCCAGACAUCACUGGUUAAUAAAAGCGGUUCCAAAUGAUGGGUAAAAAGGAUCUUCAAAAGCCGGUGGCACUGAGCGAGGAAAAAAAAUCUCAGAUCGAUGAGAACGAAUUGCGGAGAACGAAACGAGACGAGAGAAAAGAACAAGCGGCCGCAGGUUCCGAAAAAAUCAAGACUGACGAUGAAUUGGACGAUGAUCAGAUUGAUAAGACCGCCGAAAUUCAGGCAGCUGAAAAACGUUCUCCGGAUGAAAUAAGAAUCGGAGGUGUGGAAGGCGGUGCCACUCACUCGACACUCAUAAUUAUGAACGGACACGGUGAGAAGUUGAUCGAGAUGAAAGGACCGGGUACGAAUCAUUGGCAACUCGGUAUGAAAGAAACAGCGGCUAGGAUCAAUGGAAUGAUAACAACGGCGAAAAAGGAAUUAAACAUUCCCACGUCAUCGCCGUUGGACUCUGUGGGUCUGACCUUGAGUGGCUGCGAGCAAGACGAAAGCAACCGUCACUUAAAGGAGAUGCUUUUCAACGAGUUUCCAACGGCGUCCAGACGAUAUUUCAUUGGAUCUGAUACCCUGGGGAGUAUAAAAACCGGCAUCGAAAACGGCGGUGUUGUUCUCAUUGCGGGAACCGGAAGCAAUGCUCUGCUCAUCAAUCCAGACGGACAGAAACACGGAUGCGGAGGCUGGGGUCACAUGAUUGGAGACGAAGGCAGCGCCUAUUGGAUAUCCCACCGAGCGGCGAAGUACGUCUUCGACGAUAUGGACAACCUUGAAAAGUCACCGCGACCGAUCAGCUACGUUUGGCCCGCGAUGCGAAACUUCUUCCACGUGGCAGACAGGACCGACCUCCUACCCCAUCUCUACGCAAACUUUGACAAAAGCAAGUUCGCGAUGCUCGCCAAAGAACUGGCGAAAGGUUGCGAGCACGAGGAUCCCCUCUGCCUUCUACUCUUCGAAGAUACGGGGAAGAUCUUGGCGCGUUACGUUCAAGUCGUUGCCACCAAGGCGCAUAACGACCUGCUUCUCUCUCCCGGUGGACUCAGAAUCGUCUGCGUUGGUUCCGUCUGGCAUUCCUGGACGUACAUGAAGAAGGGAUUCGUCGACCAGAUCCAUGGGACACCCGGAGUCGACGAGCUGACUCUUCUUCGUCUGAAGACUUCCGCUGCCGUUGGAGCCUGCUACUUGGCGGCCGACUCUCUGCAGUGUGGCUCGUUGAAGAAGACUUACGACGAUAACAUCAACAUAUUCUACCACUACAAACGGGCCAACAUGCCCAAAUCUGCCAAAGACGACUAGCCGAAGAAUAUCGCCAAAAGCCGAGAAUUAAGACGAGGAAUCGAUAUUGGCAAUGAGAUGUCCAAGUUGUUGGAAAGGUCCUGGAGGUAACCGCUUUCCGACUCGACUAAUCGUAGGCUUUUAUAUUCGGAUCGAUUAUAUCGUCCGGAGGAAGUCGCGAUGUCGGUCUUCGCUUUUGGUGAAAUCCAACGAGGCCACGGAUAUCCGUCGACCACCAGCAGCUGGUCAUUUGAAAAGUAUACCUGCUUUGCUUGCUCGUGUUCAAGGCUGCAGAAGCACAGAAUUAGCUACGUGGACAACGUCAGAUUCCUUGAGAGAAAGUUCUUAGUGUGUAUUCAUUCGACGACCUUUCACGUGGAGAAAUGUCGAACGAUUGCGACCGAAAACAGUCGUGUUCGUCGCUUUGCCGACAAGAGGAAUUACAUUUAUUUCUUACAGGCUGUGCCAGACUGUUUCCAUUUCUCUGAGGAGUACCGAAGAAUCUAUAAAUUGUAUCUGAUUAAUAAAUUAUUAUUGUUA